GGUAACCCAAGGGCGGGUUGCCGCCGCCUGCUGGCAGCCGCCGGUACCUCCGGUUGUGGAACAUUCUCUCGUUUCCUGGGUGGCGGGCGGAGCUGAGCAGCGCGAUGGCCGACAGCAGCGCCGCUGAGAAUCACCGCAUCAAAAGCUUCAAGAACAAGGGCCGCGAUGUGGAGACUAUGAGAAGGCACAGAAAUGAAGUCACAGUGGAACUAAGAAAGAACAAGAGAGAUGAACAUCUACUCAAGAAAAGAAAUGUGCCGCAGGAAGAAAGUUUAGAAGACUCUGAUUUGGAUGGAGAUUUCAAAGCCCAAAAUAUAACAUUAGAUGCCAUUCUUCAGAAUGCAACAAAUGAAAAUCCAGUCAUUCAGCUGAGUGCUGUGCAAGCUGCCAGGAAGUUGCUAUCGAGUGAUAGAAAUCCACCAAUUGAUGAGUUAAUAAACUCUGGUAUCUUACCGGUGCUAGUCCAGUGUCUUGAGAGAGAUGACAAUCCAUCCCUUCAAUUUGAAGCUGCUUGGGCGUUGACUAAUAUAGCAUCUGGGACUUCUGCACAAACUCAAGCAGUGGUUGAAGCAAAUGCUGUACCCCUCUUUCUGCGAUUACUUCACUCCCCUCAUCAGAACGUUUGUGAACAAGCAGUCUGGGCUCUAGGAAACAUCAUAGGUGAUGGUCCUCGGUGUAGAGACUACGUCAUCUCACUGGGAGUUGUUAAACCUCUUCUGUCCUUCAUCAAUCCCUCCAUUCCCAUCACUUUCCUUCGUAACGUCACAUGGGUCAUAGUUAACCUCUGCAGAAAUAAGGAUCCGCCACCACCAAUGGAGACUGUUCAGGAGAUUCUACCAGCAUUAUGUGUGUUGAUAUACCACACAGACAUUAAUAUACUUGUGGAUACAGUCUGGGCUUUGUCCUACCUGACAGAUGGAGGUAAUGAACAAAUACAGAUGGUGAUUGACUCAGGUGUGGUGCCUUUCCUUGUUCCACUUCUAAGUCACCAAGAAGUCAAGGUUCAGACAGCUGCCUUGAGAGCAGUCGGCAACAUAGUGACGGGUACAGAUGAACAGACACAAGUUGUUCUUAACUGUGAUGUACUAUCACACUUUCCCAAUCUCCUGACCCAUCCUAAAGAGAAGAUCAACAAGGAAGCAGUGUGGUUCCUCUCCAACAUUACAGCAGGAAACCAGCUGCAAGUGCAAGCUGUAAUAGAUGCUGGUUUGAUUCCCAUGAUUAUUCAUCAGCUGGCAAAGGGAGAUUUUGGAACUCAAAAAGAAGCUGCAUGGGCAAUCAGUAACUUGACAAUUAGUGGCAAGAAGGAGCAAGUUGAGUACCUUGUACAGCAGAAUGUAAUACCCCCUUUCUGCAAUUUACUGGGAGUGAAAGAUACUCAGGUAGUGCAGGUUGUGCUUGAUGGACUGAACAAUAUUCUAAAAAUGGCUGGAGAGGAAGCAAGCACGAUAGCAGAAGUGAUAGAGGAAUGCGGAGGUUUGGAAAAAAUAGAAGCCCUGCAGCAACACGAAAAUGAAGAAAUCUAUAAACUAGCCUAUGAAAUCAUUGAUCAGUACUUCUCUGGUGAUGAUAUUGAUGAAGAUCCAAGUCUUCUUCCUGAAGCAACUCAAGCUGGAACUUUCAAUUUCGACCCAUCAGCGAACCUUCAAACGAAGGAGUUCAAUUUCUAAGCUGAGAAGAUGCUGUAGCUUCCCUGUCCCUUGCCUACCCAAAACAGCAAAAAAAAUUCACCAAGCAGGAGUGUGAUGGAGGCUCGAGAGACAUCCGCGCAUCUACAUUCGAUGCUUUUUGAAAAGUCUAAUUAUCAAUCACUCAGCAAUUGCCAAAAUCUGCUACCACACGGAUUGUUGACACGUGUGCAUGAUUCUUGUGAGCCCAUGAGUAACUAUCAUAUCAGAAAACGAGAAUAAUCCCAACAUCGCCUGUGAUUCUACCUUUUCCUCCCUGGUCCCCAAGUCCUGUGACAGUAAUAGCAGUCUCACUUACAACGUUGCAUAUUAGGCACACAAGAUAGUUGCUCUCUACAUAGAACAGGAAGAUUUCUGAAUGAUUAGGUAUUUAUUAAUGGGACUUGAAAAGAGAGUUGGCUUUGACAUGUUGAAGUAGGCUUUUUAGAAGACUUUACCCUGGGGCUUACAGUAGAAGGAUUUGCAAAUAUUGUAGAAACACCAUUGGUCAAAGUAGUCCUUGGAUGAACUGAAAUCAGGAUUUUUAUUUUUCUGGUGACUGCAAAAACGUCUUUUUGCCACAAGGAGGUUAUAGAAAAAAAUCCUGCUUGCAUCCAUGUUAGAUUGUUAAGCUUGCAUUGCCUCUCAGACUAGGCUGGAAACUAAACCUAAUGAAUGGAGCCAAGUUUAAUAAUGACUUCUUGACAGUUUAUGCAAAUUCUAUGAAAAAAGCCCCUGCUGAUUACUACAACCACUACUAGGAACCUGUGUUUAUUUUUUUUCUACCCUGCUCUUUGGAAGUACUUAACAAAUGCUGUGCAUGGUGUUUUACCCAAGCUGCAAUUAUUAUAUCAAUGUGACUUGAGCCUCUGCUUUAAGCUGAAAGCAAGAUUCACCCAUAUUUCAUGUUCACAUUUAGAUUCUCGGUCUGUUAGAUAAAUCCAAAUCUGUGUACACAAAAGAGAAAAACACUUAAAAAUUAAUCAUUUCAUCUACUGAGAAUCUUGCUUCCAACUGUUAGGUGAAUCAGUAUUUUCUUUAAUUUCAGGUUAAGCCAAUCCAGUAGAAAAGUAAAUUGUUGGACUUUUAGUGGGUUUAAACUGUGGAGCUUCCAUGUUUGCAGUGACACACAGUCUUAGACAGUCUUGCAUCAUAUAUUGACCGUUCCUUACUGUGGAUACUGCUGAUGGCUGUGAAUCAACAGCUGUUUUAUUAAAUUUGGUCAUGGACUUGAGUGUUAUUGACAAGGAUCUAAAACCACACUUUUUUUUCAAAUGACUAGAAGAAAAUUGAUGAAAUGUACAAAAUGGAGUGUAAAUCUUUACGGAGAAUGUAAUCUAAGCAUUAUAUAAGGCUGUACAGAAGCUAACAGUUCAGUAUACAUCUGGUCCGUUGACAUUGAAUGCUUUAUUUACAAUAUUCAAGGUGCAUAGGGUGGUUUUUGUGGGUAUUGGGCUAGGUGACUCCAUUGAUGGAUGGGGUUUAUUGCUAUGGUGACUGGAUGUAAAGGCCCCCCCCCCCCCCACCCCAGAGCAUUAUUGUAAAGGGACAGCAGAUUGCAUUUGAUUAAUGUAGUUAUCAAGUGUGGGCAGUAUCUACUGUAAUUGAAUCCGAAAAAUGCAAUCAAAGCUCUGCUGAUAAAUUGUUUUUCAUUGAUGAACAAAAUUGUGCAGGUUUAUAUCCAUCAUAAUACCUUGCCACCAAGACUGAGCCACUUUAAAGAUUACCAUAUCUUGUAUCUUUAAAUGAUACAAGCUCAUAUAAAACUGCAAGAUUUUUACUUGCUAAUGAAACUGUUUUAAUGAUACAGAUAGUGUUUUGGCCUUGUUUAUUUAUAUCCUUUUUAUAAAUUUUAAAUUAAAAUCUCUCUUUAAGGUGGCUCAUUUCAGCUCUUCUGCCUGAAGAAUGAGUUGGAUUUCAUUGUGCCUUUGUUUUUCCUAUAUAUUUUUAUGUUGUAAAAUCUGCUACAUAUGGUAACUGCAUAAUAUCCAUUCGCACAAUAUAGAAUUUAAAAUGU